UCUCUCUCUCUCUCUCUUUCCACAUAGCAAAACAACUGCUGGCUUUUGCAUACGGAAUCGAGGUGCUUUUCCAGAGAAGUUGAGCUGAGACCAGGCCAGCAAGCAGGACUGUGGUGAGAGCCAGGAUUCCUGGGUUCCCUGAGCUUGGAAAGGGGUUCGGAUAUAUAGUAUAUGUAGAAUCGGAAGAUCCAUUCACGGCAGCUCAGGGGUGAGGAUCCUCCCGAGUUUUAACCUCGCUGGAAUGUGCCCUUGAACUCUGCUUAAUACCUCUUUCUUGCAUGCGAGGCUGCCGCACAGAGAGAGGAGUGUGUGCAGAAACCAGCUAGCCAAAUACAUUCUGCCCCUUUCCAUCUCUGGCUCUGCUCACAUUUGGCUCUCCACCAUAAACAUGUGGAAGAUUGCAGGGAAGGCAAUAAAACCCUCUGUGUGGAAAAGGUCUCCCACCUGCGAGCUCUGGGAGCGGAAAGAAUAGGAAUCCUGAUCUACCUCCUCAUCCUUCCUCAUCUACUUCCUGAGUCCAGUCCAGAAUGGACAUUGGACAUUACCUGCAACGGAUCGGGUACCAGGGCCCCACGCAGCCUUCUCUGGAGACCCUGCGCGGCCUCCACCGGUGCCACCUCCUCUCCGUGCCCUUCGAGAGCCUCAGUAUCCAUUCUGGGGAGCCCAUCGUCCUGGAAGUGUCCUCCCUCUACAACAAGAUCGUCCGGCAGCAUCGGGGUGGCUUCUGUUUUGAGCUGAAUGGCCUCUUCCUGUGGCUGCUGCAGGCACUGGGAUUUGAUGCCAAAGCUGUGGCCGGGCGUGUCCGGAACCGUUUCACUGGCUGCUAUGGCCCCCCAUUGGACCACAUGGUGAUUUUGGUGCAGCUGGGAGGGCGCCAGCUGCUCUGUGACGUGGGCUUUGGUGAAGGCUUCACGGAGCCAUUAGAGCUGAAGGCCUCUGUGGAGCAAGUCCAGGAAGGUGGCAUCUUUUGGCUGGGCCUCCAAGGGGGCGUCUGGGUGCUGGAACGCCGAGAAGUCUCUGGGAAGGAGGGGAGGCCCUUAUAUCAGUUCACGCUCGAGGAGAAGAAACUGGACGAUUUUACGGGCAUGUGUCUGUAUCACCAGACUUCGCCCAGCUCCAUAUUCGUUUGCAAAUCCUUCUGCUCCCUGCAUAAAGAAAAUGGCGGGCGCCUCACCUACAUGGGUUGGCGUCUCAUUUCCAAGAAGGGAGAAGAGCGUACAGAGACCACCCUGCAGAGCAACGAGAUCCCAGUGGUGCUCCGUGAGAAAUUUGGGAUCAAUCUGAGCGGGGACUUCAAGCCAAAGGAUGAAGAAAUCCUGCCACCCCUUGAGGAAGUUUAAUGAGGGAUGGUGGAAAUUGCUCCCAAUCAAGAUAAUAGCCUAAAAGAUGGUUUGUAAAUAAUUUCUCAGGGUGUAGCUCCUAGCCAUUGGUUAAGUUCCGUGAUGUCAUGGAAGCGUCACAAAUAUUCUAACCUCUAAAGAAAGGGGAAAUUUCAUUUGUUUGCUCCAAUCCCGGACCUGUCUGUUAACUUCCACACUCUUGCUAUUUUGCAAAUGUAGUGAAAUAAAAAAAUUAAGGUCUUAUAUAUAUAUAUAAUAAAUGUUCAUAGAUGUACCAAGCAAACGCACAUAAAUAUAUAAACCACAUGUCUGAAGCUGCACAGGAAAACAGCCCUGGAACCAUUUUGACUCCCAAACUGACCAAAUGAUUUCUCUGCAAGGUCAAGGAAAAUGGAAAAGCCUCCCCAUCGUCUUUUCAUUCACAAAUUCUGUCUUAAAGGUAUGUCUGUGUAUGAAUAGGGUGAGCCUGUGACCUGGCUCAGGAACUAAGUUUUUAUCAUUACAAAAGACUGGCCAGGCUCCCCAGGGUAUCCAAUCAAGUAAGCAUUAACAGGUAACUUGCCAGACAGGAGGUAAACAACACACUCAGAUUUCUGUUGUAGACUGCCCUUUCUGUGAUGUAGGUAUGAUGUGUCAGGGGGUGGUCUUGAGCUACACCCCUUCUGUGAUGUAUGUAUGAUGUUUCUGGGGGUGGUCUUGUACUCCAGGGUGGGCAAUUUAAAAUGUCUAUAUAAGGGCGGGCACACCUUGGUUCUGGGUCCUCCUCCUUCUCCUGCGUGUGAAGGGGGCACCCUGUUGCAACAGUUCAGUAAAGAUCAGGUUUACUAUUCAAUAUUCUCUGGUUGGCCUCUGUUAUUUUCUCCAACCGAUGGAGAACCUGCAAAGGACUCUAUAAGUGCUCUUGUGUCCCCCAUAAGGGAAUAAGGGCAGAUUUACAUUUAUUACAACAGGUAGUGCAGUUUGGAGUUCUUGCACAAGAAACCUGCUUCCCAUGACCUUUAGCCAAAAGAGACUCAUAGAGCUGCUUAUAAAAAUCAGCUUUAAGAUGGCCCCUGCUCUCAGGCUCACAGUCUCAAAAUGCCAUACAUGACACCCAAGGAAAAAAGCAGUGGGAGGGAGAAAGCAAACUCGAUCACAAGUUUUUAAAGCUGCAACCAACAUCAGUGGCAGUUCUGGCUGAUUCCCCUUGAUAAAGAACAUUUUCUCCUCAAAAAUAUUCUUCCCUGCCCCAGAUCAGACCCUAGAGCCCAGCAGGCAACAACAUCCAGAACAGGGCAGUUGCUGCCACACACAGUUCUUCCCUCAGACGACAAACUUGAUGAUAGAAUCCUUGCAGACGGGAGACUGGUGGAGUCACCCCUCUCUUUUGAUGUGACCCUGCAAAGUUGGCCUGGCUGAGAGACCCUGGCUGGCACAAGUUCAACCAGAGAAUUGUGUGACUGAGUGGCGAGUUGAACUUGCGCCUCCUCUUGGUCAUAAUCUGAAACUAUCCAUUUCGCUGAAUUAGAAAUGUGUGUGUUCCGUUUAUAGAUUGUUCAUAUGCCUCUUAACACAUUCUGUUAUGUACUGAAGUUCUCACCCUGAGCCAGCAGGGGGAUACUGUAGAUAGUUUUCACUCAGGUCCACAUAUGCAAAUAGGGAUUGAAAGUGACGUUCAGUGAUUGGAUAGUUACAGAAAGUGAUUACAGUUGCAUUGUAGUGGAGCUCUAUAUAAGUAGGCUGGCUGAACCCUUCAGUUCAGUUCUGUUCUGUUCUGGCCUGUGAAUAAACAAGAGCUGUUUGAAGC